CCCAUCGAUCCCGAAACCUGGAACAUCGUGCUUGGUCCUCGUGCUGCUACGCUUAACGAACGCUUCGACCACACCAUCGCGAUCACCUUCGGUUACGAGCCUCUCGCCGACAUGUUCUCAACUGCUUUCCCCCCGAAUCGACUGAUCUCGGCCUCGCCGAGUGUCGUCAAACUCGCGUCGAUGCUACCAGCGGCAGAGCAUCUGGACCUCGACCUCGUUUGCUUUACGGAACGGAAUUCGUAUUCUGGUAACGAUACAUUCGGCGUUUGGGCCCCCAAGGACAAGCUAGUCAGCCACGGCAUUGAAGUCAACUCGCGGUUCGGUCAUUGGCAGGGUAUUGGUAUCGACCGCGGUAGAGAUCAUCGAGGGGCGAUAUGGACCAAACGACAC